CAUCCAUAUUAGAUACGAGGACAGAAAAAGUAAUAAAGGGAAACCUUUCACUUUCGGGUUAACACUCUCUAGCCUUUUGGUCAUCUCUACUAAUAAGGAUUGGAAACCUGAAAUUCCGCUCAUCAUCAGAGAUUAAUCCCAUGGUAUAUAAGGUAUUAAAUAUUGACAACUUUUGUAUCUACUGGAAUAGUAACACUCAGGAGACAUUUAUAAAUCUAUCUGAUGAUGAGUUGCUGGCUGCCUUUCAGGAUGCUAUUGAUGGCAAGAAAAACUACACUUACAUGUUGGGACCUAUCCAAAGUGAGUCAAACCUGCAGAUUGACACAAAACCUGAGAAUGAUGACUUCAAGAUCCCCAAAGUACAGUUGACUUUGGAUCUCAAGGAGCUGGCUUUCCGUAUUGCCAAGUCACAGUAUCAGGACUUGAUGGGGCUGUUAGAGUCAUGUGACUACAUGAUGAGGGCUACCCCAUUCAGGAAGUACCGACCCUCUGUUGAAUCAUAUCGGGGCCAUUAUGAUAGAUGGUGGAAAUUUGCUUAUGAGUGUAUACUACAUGAGGAGGUGCGAAGACGUCGGCGUAACUGGGAUUGGAUGCACAUUCACACUCACAGAAAGGCGUGCAAAGAAUAUGCUCAAGUCUACGAGAUGAAAUUGGUCAGCAGCAAGCCCAGCGCUGACUUGAUAAAAUCUGUCAAUACUUGUGAGAAACACUUGGAUGCACUCAAUAUUGUGCUUGUCAGACAGAAGAUUGAAGUUGAGGUUGAAAGGAAAGGUCUGAUGAAAAAAGCUUUGCAGAGGGAAUCUAGUUGGUUCUCGGGUUGGUGGGGAGGCAACUCUAAACACGAUGAUUUAUCAAAGGGUGAUAUUCGAAAACAGUUCCAAGAAGCAAUGACACCAGCAGAAAAGCAGAAGUUGUACCGUGCCAUCGGUUACCAGGAGAAUGCUGCCCCAACUCCGUAUCCUGUCGAGUUUGUGGCGGUGGACAUACGAUUUACACUGACUAAGUUAGAGGUAGAGAUAAGAAACGAGACAAGUCAAGUUUUAGAUUGCAUCAUCUCAGGUGUCACUACCAGAUUUGAGCAGAGACCUGCAGGCCAGGCUUUCAAACUGACAGCAAAUUUGAAACAGUUCCUGAUAAGAGGUCUGAAGCAGGGAGGUAUUGUCCCGGAACUUGUUCAGGGCAAGGUCGGACAGGUCAUUGCCCCUACGUCAAACUUACCCAGUGAACGUCUGCUGAAUAUUUUGGUAGAGGUGAAACCUCUCAGUGGGGAAUGUGACCAGCUCGUACAUGUCCUGUCUCAGCCUCUCCAGUUCGUGUACGAUGCUCAAACUAUCAACAAGCUUAUCGACGUUUUCACUGUGGAGACAAAUACAGUCAUUACGCAACUUAAUGCUGCAGCAUACACUAAGCUGGUAGAAAUAAAAGAGAAAUCAGCCUUAGGCCUUCAGCAUGCCUUACAGCAGCGUUUGAGAAUGGACUUAAACAUUGACCUCAUGGGCUUUUAUGGUAUAUUACCUCAUGGUGGAUUUUACACUGGCGUGAAUCAGUCGCUGGUGGGUGUAAACCUGGGUCGAAUGCUGAUAAACUGCAAGCCACGGCCACCAGACGAGUUAGAUAUACAAACAAUGGUCAAGCGAGGGUCCAAUGAAAGUGACAUAAUGAAGGAGAUGAUGGAUCGUAGUUAUGACAGAUUCGUGGUGGAACUUAGAGAAGCCCAGAUUCAAAUGAUGAUGCCUGGAGAAGUGUGGAAAAGUACCCCUGAGGGUGGAUCAGAACAGUAUAUCCUGGAGCCUACUAACCUCACAGUUACCUUAGAGAAAUGUGUCAUCACAGAUGAUCCGAGACUGCCCAAGAUGAAAGUGUAUGCUGGUCUCCCAAAUAUCAAUAUCAGAAUUGGGGAAAGAAGACUAUUCAGUACAAUAGCUUUAUUCAUGAGUAUUCCAUUCAAUGAGUGCAUAUGCGAAGAAUCUCAGCCAACUAUCGAGUUACACUCAUCCCAGCAGUCACUGAAUAUAACAGAAAUAACACGAGCUUCCUCUCAAAUAUCAGAUAAGAGUGUCUCAACUAAGUCAUCUGACGAUGAGGUGGUUCAGUUCAUUGAGUUGGAAGUCAAGUUUGAGUUAAAAGAAAUAUCGUUAGCUCUGUUUCGUAAGACAGAUGAAGGUACUGAACAGCCCUUGGCAGAUUUUCGCAUAUUGGCUCUGGAAGCUGAGCUUAUCCAGCAGACAUACGACCUGAAUGUCAGCCUCAGACUGGGUGGUCUUAGUCUCUCCCAAGACUAUGAAGGGGAGAAGAUCCGCAUCAUCAACACUCCCAUGGCUGAAGGAAAAUCCGAAUAUCUUCUGGUGAUAAACUUGUGUAAAGUGGACAGGAAAAGUCCAGAGUUCCACUCUAAACAUGGCUCAGUAUUAAACAGUCUUAACACAAAUUUCUCUAAAGUAGACUUCUUAGUUCAUCAGGAGGCCUUCUUAGAUGCUAUACAGUGGGGCAAUCGAGUGCAGGAAUUCUUUGCGAGUAUGACAUCAAAGGAAGAAGAACUAAAGGAAACAUCUACUCGACUCCUUCUUCCCAACAAGUCAACACGCCAGAUCACUACUGGUGUCAACGUCUUGUUUGAUGAUAUAUUAGAUGAUUCAGGUUGGAGGCAAAAGCGGCGCAGAAGGCAAGUGAAAGUAAACACAAUAGACCUGAAAUUGACAGCUGUGAUGGGCGAGGUCUCAUUGACCUUAAAAACCAGUCAGAGAAUGGUUGGUGCUAUGCAUGUCGAAGGUGGGCAGCUGAAUGUUAUAAUAAAACGAACUUACACCCAAAUUGAUGGCACAUUGAAUAAUUUUGUCUUCUAUGACUUGCGUGAAGACACACACCACCCUAAGGUAUUUUAUAUUGAAGAAAAUGUACAAGCCGUAGUGGCACAAGUAAUAAUAUUCCAAAGAGAAUGUGGAGAAGAGUUUGAUCCAGUUGAAGACAAAGACAAAGUGAACAUGAUUGUGAAUGCAAGGAUAGCAUGUUUCCGAGUAGUAUUUCUAAACUUCAUGGUCAUGUCCUUAUUGGAUUUCCUGAACAAGUUUUCUGCAGCUCAGGCGGCUAUUAUAGAGGCAUCUGCUGCAGCUGCAGAGGCAGCUAAAGCCAAUGUGCAACUGGCUUAUGAUGCAGCAUUCCGAAUGCUUCUAAACAUUGAACUGAAGGCCCCCAUUAUAGUGAUUCCAGCAAACUCUAGAAGCGGUGAAGCAAUAGUGUUGGACCUUGGUGACAUGAAAAUAAAAAACCAUUUGUCUGAUCACAUUGUUACUGUGGAGAAUGAAGAUGUGACUGUUCUUAUGGACAAUCUGAAUUUGGCUCUUGAGAAUCUUACUAUGUCAAGGGCGAGGUUUGCAAAAAACAUGGAUGUCAUAGCAGAAUAUCCACUUUUGGAACCAGUGAGUUUUCAGUUAGAUGUGAGACGGAACUUGACUAGCUGCUGGCGCACAGAUUUUCCAGACUUAGAUGUCAGUGGGCGAUUAAAUUCUAUUCAUGUAAAACUGACACAAUAUGACUACACCAUGAUUUUAUCAAUUAUCACUCAGAAUUUGAGUGAGGUUCCUUAUACAGUCGAAAUAGUUCCCUCCACUCCUGAACCUGCCUUUGCCAUAUCAACUGCUACGAACAUCAAUCUCAAUGAGAGCAAAAGAUCACCUCGAACAAGAGCAAAAAUGUUGAAGGCUAAGGAAGAUCAUAAAGUUGUGAAACAUGAUGAGACUGGGCCUGUCAAGGUCGUCAUCCAGUUGAAUUUCACCAUGGAUAGUUUGAUCGUUGAUUUAUUUAAAUAUGCUGACGUACAGGAUGAAACAGUGUCGUUCUCAUCGAAUACUGCCACCAAUGGACUGGCUCGGUUCACACUGCAGGUGUUGUCAGUGAAGACAAGGAUGAUGUCAGAUGAUUCCCUCACCGUAUCUGCCCUGCUGUUGGACUGCUUACUAGACGAUACCCGACCGUCGCAGGAGGGCAAAAUUUGUCGGUACAUGGAGCGUAAGCCAGACCACGUCAGUGCACAACAACACCGGAGUUCUGGUAGCAACACGCGCUGGAUGUUGGACAUCACCUUCCAACAGAGUCCGAGCACCAUUUUUGUGGACGUGAGAGUGUACAGUUUCAUCCUGAUACUGAAUAUAGAACAUCUUAUGUCAAUAUCAGACUUCGUCAUGUCAGGUCUUCAACAUCAGACAACACAUAUCCACAUGACCAAGUCCAAAAGUAUUCGUGGUGCAACAAGUCAGGCUCCAGUGGUGUCUAAGGAGGUGGCACCUGUGGAAAAAACGCAGGCUAGACCUGUACCAAUAUCUAUUUCGCUUCUGGUAGAACAGCCUGAUAUAAUACUUGUGGAGAACCUAGAUGAUAUCAACACUAAUGCUAUAAUUAUGAAUAAUGAAAUUAAUCUUAAAAUAAGGAUGGAAGAGGGUGAAGAAGUUUACAAUGGAUCCAUCAAUGACUUCCAGUUAUUCUCUUGCUGCUUUAACCCAGAGAAAAGAAAGAAAACUAAAUCUAAGAUCAUUCGGCCUGUAACAGUGUAUUUGGUUGGGUGCAAAGGUCAAACACAAGGGUUUAAAUUGGACUUCACGACUACCAACAUUCGUGUGGCUGUGACUCCAGGUACUUUGGAGCUACUGACGAAAAUCAUGCAAACCGUGACAGCAGGGAAACAGAGCAUUGUACCUGUUGAAGAGGAAGAACAUGACUAUUCUGAUAUAUGGGACGUUGAUGAGUUCAAUGAUGUGGACUACUUGUUCCUAAAAACAGAGUUGGCAGAAGAUGCUUGGCAGGUGUUGGACCUGCACCUACCAAAAUUAAGCAUAAAUGAGAUUUGCGUGUUGAAAGUACCUUCUGUGUGGAUAACUCUAGAGGCUGGAGUGGGCAACAAAACAUUACCCAUGCUAUUAAUAGAGUACAACAUGCAAGCGUGUGUCAAGAGUUGGAGCUCUCAGGUAAAUGCAGAGGCUUCCAUGAACCUGCAGGUAUCCUACUAUAACAGUAGACUGGCCCUCUGGGAACCUCUGGUAGAACCAGUAGAAAUUAUUGAACCGAAAGGCAUUGUUACACACAUCCCUUGGGAGCUGACUAUCCAGGUUGAUACCAACGAUUCCCAAAAGCAAGAAGAAAAUGAAAUAGAUGGCAUUGAAGAAUCUUCAGUAACAAAGCCCAAAUGCGUCAUAUCCAUUGUCUCUAAGGAAACUAUGGAGCUUACAAUAACCAAGACAUGUUUGGAUGUAAUGAAAAAUCUAUGCACUGCCUUCAACAAUGCCAUCUUUAAGCCGCAGAUGACGUCCAGUACAUACUUGUCACCAUACGUAGUGCAGAACGACCUUGGUGCAAAUGUCAAGGUCUCACUGAAUAAUGGAAUUUUCAAGUUGUUUGACCCAGAAGGGCUCCAAAAUGAAGUUGAGGAAAUAGUGUUAGAGUCAGGAGCCAAUGUCAGCUUGUGUCUCGUGGAAAAUGAAGAUGUAAAGAGUCUAGAUUUGUCAUUAGCUCAUGUCAGAGAAAAGUAUCUGCAAAUCAGUGUGCCGGAACCACCAAGUGACUUAGACCUGCCAGUGGCAAGGGCUGACAAGAGAUAUUUCUCACUUCAACACCGCAGCUCAGGAAAUGACACUUGGGGCAUUGUGUCUGACGUGCAAGUAAUAGAGGGAUGCACUGUUAUCACACUGCGUGGCAUAUUACAGAUUCACAACCACUUCAACACUCCCAUUAGUGUUUACUUCAUGACAAAGAAAGGCAAUGAAGUGCAGCUGGUAGGUUUCGUGCAGCCCCAUCAACAUCUCAAUCUGCCUCUUGAUGCCAUCUACACCCCCACCAACGAGCUCUUUUUUUCAGUCAGUGGGUAUUCUGUUUCCAAUGAGCCUUUCGUCUGGAAAGACCUCCAAAAUUCACUUGUGAUAAGUAAGAUUCUCCAGUGCAAUCACAAGAACCUUGAGGAUACAGAACCAUUUUUUAUCCAGGCUGUAGGUGAGUUGGAGCAGGUCUAUUUUGAACAUUCUAACCGCCACACGAUGUCUUCUUCCUGCUUCAACAUCCACUUGCGACCAACAGUAACUCUGAAAAACUUCCUGCCACUAGACAUUGAGGUCUGCACUCAGGGUGUUAGCAAAGAAAGCCUAGUUCCCUCUGGAGACAGGUUGCAGAUCCCCACUGCUGAACCAGGAGCUACAACUAUUUGCAUUAGGAUCAGAGCGUACCUGGACAGAGAUUGGAGCAGUCAGCAAUUGAUUCUGGCUGACCCGCCAGAAUUGUCUGUGUGGACAUUCCAUUCGUACCAGAGUAAAUAUCGUAUCUCAAUGGACCUAGGAGUGCACUGUGUCAAUGAAUAUGGCACCCUCAAGCUGGCUCUUUACUGCCCGUUCUGGAUGCUCAAUAAAACUAGCCUCAUGCUCUCCUACAGGAAAUCCAGCAAGUCAGUGAAUGAAGAUAAUGUGGCAAAGUCAGAAGAGCAUGAAGAUGUCAACAAUGUAUUAUUCCACCCUUCGACUUAUCAGGGACCUGUCAUGUUUUCUUUCCGGGCGAAAUCAUUCUUCGGUAAGAAAAAAGCCUCCAUCAUGGUAGACAAGGGAGAAUGGUCAGAUAAGUUCUCUCUUGACGCUGCAGGAAGCUCUGGUGUUGUCAUCUGCAAAUCUGGCGACAUGACUUACCAGAUUGGAGUCCACAUCCAGCUGAUGUACAACUCUCUGACCAAACAAGUAACAUUCACCCCGUAUCACAUACUUGUCAACCAGUGCAAAGUGGCUGUGGAAGUCCAGGAGACUGAUAAACUACGUGAGCCUUGGAUCAGGGUUGAACCAAUGGAUGUGUGCCCAUUCUGGCCAAAGACAAUACCAUCAGAAAAGUCGACACCCGAGUUAGUGAUGCGACUGGCAGGUACAAGAGAACAGACCAAUCCCUUCCCCUUCAACUGUACUUUCAACUACAUGCUCAAGUUGGCGAACAAGUAUGGAGGUGUGGAAGUAUAUAUACAGAAAACAGAAGGUGCUGCAUAUAUCACAUUCAAUCUGUACCAUCCAGGCAUGGCACCUGCUCUCAUAUUGAACCAUUCAAACCAUGAGAUAGUCUUGCAAGAGAAGGGAACUGAUUCAGUCAUAGCGUUGCUACCCAGACAGAAAAAGCUGUUUACUUGGACUUCACCCAAAGACAAACAUGUUCUCACUUGGUGUGAAAACUAUUCUACAGACCUCAAAAAGGAUGAGGUGGAACAUUUCAAUUUGUCACCCAGUGUGAUGCUGUAUUGGUCGUCAUUCCUUGAUGGGAUGCAGCGUGUGUUGCUGUUCACUGCCGAAGCUGAUAUCGCUCGAGAGGUCGAAGCAAGUGCUUUAUUGGAGGUUAUGGACCUCCAGGUAGAAGUGUCCAUCCAUGGUGUGGGACUAUCUCUGGUGGACAAUGAGAUGAGAAAAGAGCUCGUCUAUUUGGGAAUUAGCAGUUCGGGUGCUGUGUGGGAGUUUGCUAAACCAGGAUCCAACAAAUACAAAAAAAUUAAGCCUAAGGACAAUUUGGUGUUGGAAACAUUAUACACAAGAUAUAAACAAGAGCUGAACACUGAAGGAAAAUCUAAAUUGUAUCCAGCCUGCUGUACAAUCCGCCAUAAUUUUGAGGUUAACUUUGAAACUAAUGAGAUACUGAAGCCAGAUCGCCGAGUGAUGAGACGCACUUUCAAUGAGGGUCUGUGGAUAUCGUAUGGUAUGUCCUCACACCAAAUGCAGUUACAUGCUAAGGUCAAUCGGCUCCAGAUUGACAACCAGAUGUAUGACUGUGAGUUCCCUGUCAUAUUUGCACCCGUACCACCACCAAAGAGUGUAAAUAUGGAAAAUGUGAUGAAGCCGUUCGUAGAGAUGUCUCUCUUAAGGAGAUUGAACAAAAACAGCUCUCUAAUGCAGUUCAAGUAUUUGACAGUGCUCAUACAAGAAUUUGAAGUCAAAGUGGACAUCGGCUUCAUUAAUGCACUAGCCAAGAUGUUUGAAGCAGGAACUACUUCUGACAGUGAGGAGGCUGAGCUUUUUGCCAGAGAUCGACUGGCAAUAAGUGAGCCUCUCAGUGCUCACGUCACACAGCUUUUCUUUCAAGACAAGAAAAAUCAUUUUGAUAUUCUGCAUUUUUCUCCACUGAAGAUCCACUUGAGUUUCUCUCUGAGUGGAGAGGGUGGAGGAGUACCAGCUCAGCUACCGCCCGUUCUUAACAUUCUCCUGCAGACUUUCGGGGUGACUGUAGCAAAUGUCCAGGAUGUCAUUCUCAAGUUAUCAUACUUUGAGCGGAACUACACUUUCUUGAGUCAAAAACAAUUGAUGGCCGAAGUGCAAAUGCACUACUUGGGACAGCUUCUAAAGCAGUUUUACGUAUUGGCCUUAGGAUUGGAUGUGAUGGGCAAUCCAUAUGGUCUAGUUAUCGGCAUCACCGAAGGAGUUAGUGACUUCUUCUACGAGCCGAUGCAGGGAAUUGUUCAAGGACCUGGGGAGUUUGCUGAGGGCCUGGUGCUGGGAGUGCGUAGUCUGUUUGGUCAUACAGUAGGUGGUGCAGCUGGUGCGGUAUCUAGGAUUACGGGUGCCAUGGGUAAAGGAAUUGCUGCACUCACAUUGGAUGAAGAUUACCAACGCAAACGUCGUGAGGCGUUACACUAUCGACCAGCCACUGUGCAAGAGGGCCUCGCUCACAGUGGCAAAGGACUUGUCUUGGGUGUUGUGGAAGGUGUAGGAGGUGUGUUCACCAAGCCCAUCUCAGGGGCGAGACAGGAGGGCGUAGGAGGGUUCGUCAAGGGUUUCGGCAAGGGUGUUGUAGGCCUGGUCACCCGACCCACAGCAGGAGUCAUAGACUUUGCCAGUGGAUCAUUCAGUGCUGUUAAAAGGUAUGCAGAGCUUGGAGAAGAAACCACUAGGCUGAGACAUCCUCGGUUUUUUAAUCCAGAUAACCUAGUACGGCCGUACUGCAGGCGUGAUGCUGAAGGAAACAGGCUACUUAAGGAGUUGGAGAAGGGUAAAUACUACGUAACGGAUGUCUAUGUUUGCCAUAUUCCUCUGGCUAACUCCAAGAAGAUACUGCUUCUGACAGACAAACGUAUGCUUGUGCUAAGCCAUAACGAAAUCUUUGGUGGCAAUCAGGUGGACUUAUCAUACGUUUGGGGAGAAUUAACGGAACCACCUAUGAUUGUACCUGAGGGCAUCCAGAUCAAAUUGGAAGGUGGCAAAAAGAAGCUUGGUCUGUUUCGUUCAAACGAUGUAAAGCUACUACCAAUUUCAAAUGAAGAUCAGAAAAGGUUAAUUGCUGAACAAAUGCAGAAUCUGAUGUCUGCUGUCUCUCCAUUGAACUCUGUUCGUAGAGGAUCUCGUCCAAGCUCAAGCCAUAGUACGUCUUCAUAGCCUCUGAAUCCAAUAUAGCUAACACAUACGUCUGCUUUCUUGUUAUUGUAUACUUAUAAGACUAUUGUCAUGCCAGAUAUUCGGGUUACCAGCUUGUUUAAGUAUGCUAUCUACUUGCAUACCUUUUGGUUGCACAAAUGUGUUGUUGAAUUUACACACCAUAUUACUUUUGUUAUUUGUUUAUGAUUUUUAAAUUCCUAUACAGUUUGUUUACAAUCUUAUGUUUGUAAGUGCACUCAAAUAAUACUUUUGAUCACUUUUGUUGUUGUUUUUUUUUUUUUUUUGUAUCUGAAAUUAAAACUGAAAUUACUAAGAAAAUCUCCAGAUAUUAUUGUUAGCUUUUAAUAUGUAUAUUUAACAGAAAAUCACAGUCGUGUUAAAUUUAAACUAUAAACAAAGUUUAUAGUUAAAAAUUAUUUUUUGCUACUUUAAGUUUACAUCUAUUUGUUAGUUUUUAACUAAUAAACAUAUUAUUUGUAACAUUUUUCAUAGAUAAUUUUUGGAUAUGGCCUUAUAUGUACAAAGCGUGUAAAUUUUGAUAAUCAAGAAGCUUUAAAACUAACUAGCAUUACAUUUAAUUGUGGUAUUGUAGAUAGAUUUAAGUAAUAUUAAUAGUAUGCUAAUUUGUUUGAUAAAUGAUUAACCUAUUUUUCACAAUUUAUAAAUAUUACACUUUGUGUUUGAGUCACUUUAUUUCCAUUGUCUUAAAUAAUUUACUAUAAACAGUUAGUUAUUUUAAUCUGAAUACUAAGGUAUUAAGGUAGAAAAAGAAAAUAGUGUAAUAUUGAGUUCUUUUUAUAAUUUUUAAGAACACUAAUUGUAUAAUGAUGUAAACAACAAUUCUUGCAUAAUAAAAAAAAACUUAUGAAAAUACAAAAAUCAAUCAUAUUAAAAUACAAUAACUGACUGUGUUUUAUAAAACACUAAUGCUUUCUUAAUAACAUAUUUCUUAAUAAUAUAUUAUUGCUUAAAUUGAAAUAUAAAUCUCUACAGCAGAAUAUAAUAUAUUUAUAUCUGAAAAGGAAAGUAAUUUUAGCAAGUUCUAGUCUUGUCUUGUUCUGUGUCGUGUAAAACAAAAUUUAUUAAUUGUUAUAUCAAUGAAAUACAAUCAACUAAAAGGGUAUUGUAUUGUUGUUAAAUAAUUAUUAUGAAUUGUAAAGGUUGCCCAGAAGGUCACUUAAUGGUUAGUUGGAAAAAAGUAAUGAUUUAUUUAACUAAAAUCUGGUGUGACUUCCAAAUUCGAAGUCAAGAUAAGUUACCUCAAAGCAGGUCAACCUAGUCAUGAGUAAAUGAAUAGAAUAUACUGAGAUUCAUCCACAGAACAUGAGGUUAACACACGGAAUAUAGAAAAUAACAUAAAUAAGACCUUUUGAAAGUAUUCUAGACGUCAUGGCAGUAAAAUUCUCGUAUUCCUCCUUCCUUCAACUAAUUCAGUUGUCUACAAUAGAGUAUUGUUUUGUCUACAAAUAAUAUUUUGAAGUAUAUUUUUGAUUGUGUACCUGUCUAUAAGUCAGGUGAUUUAUAAUCAAGUCGGUUUUAUCUGUUCUCAUUUGUUUGAAAUAUUACAGUUAUGUAUGUGAAAUAUUACAGUUUAGAUCAAAAUUAUUAAAACAAUAUAAUAAUAUUUUUUAAGUAGAAUCGUUUACAUAAUAUUAUAAUUAAUAUGUGAAUUUACGUAAUAUUUAUAUUAAGUUUUGCAUAAUACUGAUUAAUGUUUUUAAAUAGUGUUGGUUUAGUGUAAGAUAUUUUGUUGAUCAUUAUAAUCAAUUGUGUUAUCAAUUAUUAUUAUCACCAUGUUUUAACAUUUUGAAUGCAGUUUUGAUGAUAUAUUGGCUCUCAGGAGAGGCAUUUUCAUAAUAAACUGUGAUUUUUAAUGAAGGUUGGAUUUUAAUGUUGCGUACCUGUCUAUAAUUCAGGUGAUUUAUUAUCAAGUUGGUUUUAUAUGUUCUUAUUUGUUUUUCCGCGUUUGGGUAUUAAUUUUUUUUUAAUACGCUUGUGUUAAAUAUGUAUUCCGAAUCAGCCAAAUACUAUAAAUGUAUUAAUAUAAAAUAUUUAAUGUUGAUUUGAAUAGCUAUAUCUAUGCAGUAACAAACUAUUGUCGAGCGUUUCCAUGAUUUUUUGUUUGAAAAACUUAUCUUCUUCUUGCAUUAGAAUCACAUUAGGACUAACUUGUCAUGUAAAACUUACUUAAAAGAAGGACACGUAAAUGCAUCCUAUCAACUCAAAUUAUAUAUGCAUCCAUUGAAUAAACUAAUUGGACUAUCAGUCAUACAUGUCACAAAACCUAUGUCAGCAGGCCGAAAUAUCUCAAGAUGUUAAAUUUGUUAGGGCUAUGAUUUGGUGACAUGUAAACCAGUAUACUUCGAUGAUGUCAAGAUUACUUUGCAUGUCUCAAAGUUUAUAGAAGGCAAGAUUACUGUUACUAUGCCAGCUUUCAUUGAACACACUAUAGAAGAUGACAGCUAAAAUAUGCCUAAUUUUAUAUUUAAAUUUAAAUUAUAAUUGAUUGUGCUCUAGAAUGGAAGUAGUCUAAGUAAUAUUGGUUCAUUUACAAGUUUAUAAUUAUACAAUAUCCUUCUAAAUAUAAUGUUCUAUACAAAUUUGAAUUCAUUGCUUUAUUUCACUGUAAUUUAAAUUCUUAUAUUUUGAAAUUGUACUUCUUUAUUACGAAUAGAUUCCAAUAAGUGUAAAAGGCGGCCUCUAACACCAUUGCUGUUAGUCUAUGGUGAAGACCAAAUAUGUGACUGAAGUUUACAUUUGAUAUACUUAAGCUUGUUUUUGCACAAUGUUCAAUCAUAAUUGCUUACAACAGAAAUAUUACAGUUAUGUAUGUGUAGUUUAGAUAAAAAAUUAUUUAAAAAAUAUAAUAAUAUUUUUAAGUAGAAUUAUUUACUUAAUAUUAUAAUUAAUAUGUGAAUUUAUGUAAUACUUAUGUUGAGUUUUACAUAAUACUAAUUAACGUUUUUAAAUAGUGUUGGUUUAGAGUAAGAUAUUUUGUUGAUCAUUACAAUCAAUUGUGUUAUCAAUUAUUAUUAUCACCAUGUUUUAACAUUUUGAAUGCAGUUUUGAUGAUAUAUUGGCUCUCAGCAGAAGCAUUUUCAUAAUAAACUGUGAUUUUUAAUGAG